GCGCCUUUCUCCAUCAGGUUCCUUUCGAUUAUUUGCACCGCACUUCGCUUUUCCACCUUCUGCCUGAACCUCAACAUUACACACCGCUGCCCGAUCUUCAACAACGCGCUCAACAGCCCGAUUUUGGUCCAUAGAUUUACGCGACGAUACUGCGAAAUUACUUUCGACCAUUCGAUCAAUCAAAUCUUUCCCCGACAAACAAGAAUCGCCUCGCGACCGACAAUACGAUGGCGACACCCAUGAGCACAAACUCCCAAGAUGACGGCGCGAACAAGAAGCUCGAGCAGAUUACUUUUCGCUUUUGCUCCGAAUGCUCCAACAUGCUCUACCCCAAGGAGGACGAAGAGACUCACCGCCUCCAAUUCACCUGCCGAACCUGCCAGUUUACCGAGGAGGCUCAGUCUACCUGCGUCUUCCGCAACGUUAUGAACAACGCCGCCGGUGAGACCGCCGGUGUCACACAGGAUGUCGGUUCGGAUCCUACUGUAGGUGAUCCCCAGUCUGUUCUUGCCCCUGUUGUAUGCAUCGGCUGCGGCCACGCCAUCCUUUGCAGCGGCUGUGGUAACCCGUCCGACGACUUCAACGUCUCGGCGGCCCCUACCCACCUGCACGACGGUUUCCAGAGCAAGAAGACGGAGAUCACAUGGGACGACCUGAUGGACAUGGCCGAAGACGAGGCCCUCGACGAAUACGACGAAGAAAAGGAAUCGGUCACUUCCGACGAGAUCAACCACGGAUUCGCAGGUAUCGCGCUCGACAAUGAGCCUGACUCCGCCAACCGCAAAGUCUCGUGGCCUACCUUUCAGCUGGCCGUCAGCCAGUGAAGAGUGAUUCCGCCACGCGUUACCACACAUCCUAUCCCUGGAUCAUACCCCCUGGACCUGGCUCUUGCAAUGGGAUUUUGGCUUUCACCUUGGAUACGAGACCUCCCUUACGAUCAGCUGGCUGACGCUGCAUCUUUCCCGGAUCUAGCUUCCACGAUCAAACAAGGAAUGCCCCGUCUGCAAGGCUGGCGAAGCCGUCUUCUUCCAGUCUCAGCAGCGAAGCGCCGAGACGGGCAUGGUUAGUACAACCCGCAUAUCUUGUUCUUUUCUCAUUAGCAUGUUUUGAAGGCUAACGCGUUCUCGUGCAGAAAUUGUUCUAUGUCUGCUGCGAUUGCGGUCACAUCUUCCAGUAGAAGAGACGACCUGACGAAGAUACCCCGAGAUUGUUCUAGAGGAGGUUACCAUGCAUUGUAAGGAGUAUUCUGGCGUUUGAGCUCUCGAUUGGGAAAAAAGGCCAUGGGGCGGCCACGGUUUUUGUCUUUAGAUAUCAUACAGAUCAUUGAAUUACGUUUAUCUCAAUGGGAAUAACUAUUCUUCGC